AUAUUUUCUUUUUUUCCUUAGAGAGAGAGAGAGGGAGAAGAAAAAGAGUAGAGCCUUUUUCGGACAACAUAUUCAUCUUCAGCUAGAAUCUUUAAACAGAAUAUUAAUUAUGGGAUUAAGAGACAUUGGAGAGACACUGCCACCAGGUUUUAGGUUUUAUCCAAGCGAUGAAGAACUUGUUCUUCAUUAUCUCUACAAAAAGAUUGCUAACGAACAAGUUCUUAAAGGUACUUUAGUGGAGAUUGAUCUUCAUACAUGUGAGCCAUGGCAGCUCCCUGAGGUGGCAAAGUUGAAUUCAAACGAAUGGUACUUCUUUAGCUUUAGAGAUCGCAAAUAUGCAACCGGAUAUCGUACCAACCGGGCCACCACCUCGGGCUACUGGAAGGCGACGGGAAAGGAUCGAGCUGUGAUCGACUCGAGGAGCCGAGUGACUGUGGGGAUGAGAAAGACUUUAGUUUUCUACAAGAAUAGGGCCCCUAAUGGAAUAAAAACGGGCUGGAUCAUGCAUGAAUUUCGGCUGGAGAACCCUCACGUGCCCCCUAAGGAAGACUGGGUGUUAUGUCGAGUAUUUCACAAAGGCAAGGGUGAGAAUAGCAACCAACUAAGCCCAGAAAAUUUUUAUGAUUCAACCACUUCUAAUAUGGUUGCAUCUCCUACUACAAAUGAAUAUGCAUUGCCUAAUUUUGGCCAAGACAUGAUUACUUCCUUUGAUCAAGGCCAAAACCCGAGCAGUCUCCUCGACCUAUCGGUUCCCGAUGUCAACCGGAGAGUUUACCUUCAGCUGUCACAAGAGAUGAAUACUGAAACUCCCUCCAGCCUCAAAAUGAUGCAUACUAAAUUUGAGGAUGAUUAUGGAUUCUUAUUCGAUCAGAGUUUCGAAGAGUCGACAUUAAUGCAAGAUUUCAAUGAGGAAAACAGCCCGGUUUUCGUCUAAAGAUCUUAGUUCAGUUUGGUUAUGGCAUCAGAAAUGUCUGUUUGUGAUAUUGUGAGACUUAAUACUAUAGAUUAGACAUUAGACAGAGGUGUGUUUCAUUUGAAUUCAUAUAUCUUAAAAUGUCUUGUGGAUUGUGUAUAAUUAUUUCAAGAUUAAUAACUUGUAGUUGGCUAAA